UUGCCAAAUUUGGCCACCAAAAAAUUCUGAUUGUUACGUCCAUCUCAGUUUUCCGGAAUGCGUUACGCAGUGCUAGUUACGGGACCUGCGGGUGCAGGAAAGUCGACGUUCUCUGGAUCCUUCAUGACGCACCUCAACAUGUCGCGACGGACUGCGCAUUUGGUGAAUCUGGAUCCAGCGGCAGCGGCGACAAGUUUUGAGUACGAGCCUGCCAUCGAUAUCAAGGAUCUUAUUAGCCUCGAGGACGUGAUGAGCGAGCUGGGUUACGGUCCUAAUGGUGGUCUUGUUUAUUGCUUUGAAUAUCUCCUGCAGAACAUGGAUUGGCUGGAGGAGGAGCUGGGAGGGUUCGACGACGAUUAUCUUAUUAUCGACUGCCCUGGACAAAUCGAGCUAUAUACCCACCAUCCGUUCCUCCCCACACUGGUCAAGAAUCUUGGAAGGAUGGGGAUCAGAACAUGUGCAGUUUACUUGAUAGAAUCCCAAUUCAUGGAAGACAAGUACAAGUUUUUCAGUGGAGUGCUCUCAGCCAUGUCAGCGAUGGUCAACCUUGAGAUCCCGUGGAUAAACGUCAUGUCCAAGAUGGAUUUGGUUACAUCCAAUCGGGAAGAUCCAUCCGGCGGGGCGCGAAACGGUCUACGAGGGCGAAGAAAUAUUGCACGGUAUCUUGACCCAGAUCCUAUGCUGCUAGCAUUUCCACAAGGAGAUGAUCGCAGCGCACCUAACCCGCGAUUUCACUCGUUGAAUCAAGCUAUCGUUCAGCUGAUAGAGGACCAUCCAUUGGUUUCAUUCCUGCCCCUGGACCUGACGUCUCCGGAUUCUUUGGAGACUGUGGUUAGCCACAUUGACUACACGAUGCAGUACGGAGAAGACGAGGAACCCAAAGAGCCUCAUGACUUGGACGAUGGUGAUUUCCAGGACUUGGAGUGAAUUACGUGGGAGAAGUAAAAUAUUUGAAGCAGUGUCUGUAUAGCUUCUUGAAAUAAAAUAUUUGAUUUAAUGACGAAA